AUGUGUCUCUCAAAUCCAGCGCUCUCACUUCCCCUAUAUCUGAGUUCUAUUUUUUUACUUGGCUGCGUUCUGAGUUCGCCUAUUCCAUCUCAACUUUCUGCCUGGACUAAAUGGAAUCGCUACACUUCAGGAUUAUUUGACUUUUUCAUCAAAGAUGGAUAUGAUCUAUCAGAUAGUGUUGCUAUGCCCCAAGAAACAUUAAAAAAGGUGCCUUCUGCCACAGUGACUGAUACCUCAAUAUUCUCCGCUGUCAUUCCUCCCUCAGCAACAGCCUUUAAAAGCAUUCAAUCAAAUUCGCCUUCACCAAUUCUUGCGGAAUUCCGAAAACGAGGAAUUUUAAUCUUUCUCCUACUUUUUGCACUUCUUUCGGGUUUCAGUCUGUUUUGUCUACGGUCUAGAUCGCCUUGGCGGCACCAGAAUAAACGGGAAGUAGCAAAUAAUUGUCAGGUGCCAUCAGAUGCAGUGCUACUGCUUUUGUCUGAAAAACCUCCAGAUUCUUCAGUAAUCAGAAAGCCGGUCAAGGAGUCUUACUGUUCAAAGGUUGAAACAAUAACUUUUGAAACACGACAAAGCUCAGGCACCCCAAGAAACGUGCACAGAGAGAUUCAUAAUACUUAUUGCCACCCAUCUCCGACGUUGACCUUACGACAAGGAAAUUAUCUAGUCCAGUCAAGCACCGAAAUACAAUACAUGAAGCAGUUUGAAAUGGGGUAA